CUGAAAUCAUAUACACAGGGAGAACUCUCUGAACUUAAUAAUGGAGAAAUCCGCCAUCAAGUCCGCAAUUCAACAUCUCUCCCAACUCCUAAACCUCAAACCCCAAUCCGAAGAAGAUCCUCACACAAACAGUACUCAUAACGACGACGAUACUGUCACCACUAACAUCGCCAUCCCCAUCUUACCUUUCAUUUCUCUCUGCAAUUCCCUCAUUCGCGUUCUUGAUAAAAUUGGGCCAACAAUGGGAGUUCUUAGGCAAGAAAUUCAUCAGAACAUUCAGAGAUUUGAAAUGGGGGAAGAACUGAGGGAUUUGAUUGAGAUACUGAAGAAGGAGGGAAGUGAAGGGACGGCUAGGAGCGGAAGCAGCUGCAGCAGAGCCUUCCUUUGGCUAAUUCGGUCUUUAGAUUUCACAGCAAAGCUAUUGGAGAAGAUAUCAGAAGAACCAGAGAUGAAGAUGGAAGAAGCAGUUGAAGAAUCCUACAAUCUAACCUUGAAGCCAUGGCAUGGUUGGAUUUCAUUGGCUGCUUACAAAAUAGCUUUGAAAUUAGUACCUGAUAGAGCAACAUUCAUCAACACAAUAAUGGAAAAUGAUGAUACCUACAGUACCUUUCUUCAAGACAUUCACACUUUGAUUCCUUUGCUUAUGGCUUUUCUCCAACAGGCUCACUCCAUUUUGAGAUUGUACAACUUGGAUCGGAUAAAGUCUAAAUAAUUAACCAUUCAAAUGGAAAAGCAACAAGGAGACCAACACUACUACUUGAACCUAAUUCUUAUCGACGUGGUGACUAUUAGAGUUCUUUUUUUUUUUUUUUUUUUUUUGAGUUUUGUUGAUGAUUAUUAUUUGUUUAUGAAUGCUCUUGUAAUUAUGUAAUUUUGCAUGACUCUUACUCUUCAAAUUUUAUAUUAAUCUUAAAACAUUUUCCAACA